AUGGAUUUCGCAGGCAGCAAGAAGCGCAAGUUCAAGGACGCCAAUGGCGUUAAGGCUUCAAAAGUCAAGAAGUCUGCUACUACACCUGACAAGAAGUCUAAGAAAGUCAAGCGCACCGAACCCGAGCCCCGCGAUGAGCCCGAAGACGACUCUUCCAACGAGGAAGAGAAGGCUCUGAAGGAGGACGAGGAAGAGAGCGACGAAGCUGAUGAGGAUGCUGUGGACGCAAAGUCCGGAGAUGAGGAGGAGGGUGACGACGAGGACAAGGCGGAGGACAACACAGACCUGCCUGACGGCGGAAAACUCACAUUACCUCCGGUCGCUGGUGCUGAGGCGCAAUCGUUCGACGAGCUUAACCUCUCCGAUAAGACCAUGAAGGCAAUCAAGGAGAUGAACUUCACCAAGAUGACUGAGAUCCAGAGGAGAGGUAUCCCUCCUUCGCUGGCUGGGCGCGACGUUCUCGGUGCUGCAAAGACAGGGUCCGGAAAGACUCUGGCUUUCUUGAUUCCUGUCAUUGAGAUGCUCAGCGCUCUGCGAUUUAAACCUCGCAACGGCACUGGUGUCAUUGUCGUCUCCCCAACUCGCGAAUUGGCUCUUCAAAUCUUUGGUGUUGCCCGAGAGCUCAUGGCCCACCACUCCCAAACCUACGGUAUUGUCAUCGGAGGCGCAAACCGUCGCGCUGAGGCCGACAAGCUCGCCAAGGGUGUUAACCUGCUUAUCGCUACCCCAGGGCGACUUCUCGAUCAUCUGCAGAACACCCCAUUCGUCUUCAAGAACCUGAAGUCCCUUGUUAUUGAUGAGGCGGACCGAAUUCUUGAGAUCGGUUUCGAGGAUGAAAUGCGACAAAUUAUCAAGGUUCUUCCCAAGGAGGAUCGACAGACUAUGCUUUUCUCCGCCACCCAGACAACCAAGGUCGAGGAUCUUGCCCGUAUCUCGCUGCGUCCUGGUCCCCUAUACAUCAACGUUGAUGAGGAGAAGCAGUACAGCACUGUGGAAGGUCUCGAACAAGGCUACGUUGUCUGCGAAGCCGAUAAGCGAUUCCUUCUUCUCUUCUCAUUCCUCAAGCGCAACCUCAAGAAGAAGGUUAUUGUCUUCUUCAGUAGUUGCGCCUGUGUGAAAUACCAUGCCGAGCUCCUCAACUACAUCGAUCUUCCUGUUCUUGACCUCCACGGCAAGCAGAAGCAGCAAAAGCGAACCAACACCUUCUUCGAGUUCUGUAACGCUAAGCAGGGCACCCUGAUCUGCACUGAUGUCGCUGCUCGUGGUCUUGAUAUUCCUUCGGUUGACUGGAUUGUCCAGUUCGAUCCUCCGGAUGACCCUCGUGACUACAUUCACCGUGUUGGUCGAACCGCCCGAGGUAACAACAGCAAGGGUCGAUCGCUUAUGUUCCUUCAGCCCAAUGAGGUCGGCUUCUUGUCGCAUCUCAAGGCCGCUCGUGUCCCCGUCGUCGAGUUCGACUUCCCCGCCAACAAGAUCGUCAACGUUCAAUCUCAGCUCGAGAAGCUCAUCAGCCAGAACUACUACCUGAACAAGAGCGCUAAGGAUGGCUAUCGCAGCUACCUGCACGCCUAUGCCUCACACUCGCUGCGCAGUGUCUUUGAUAUCAACAAGUUGGAUCUUGCCAAGGUUGCCAGGAGCUUUGGUUUCUCGGUGCCGCCUCGCGUCGAGAUCACGCUUGGUGCCAGCAUGAGCAGGGACAAGAAGCACCAGGGCCGCAGGGCAUAUGGCAGUCAGCCACGACAGGGCGGAGGCAACAAGUUUACCAGGUAA